CAUGGGAUGAAUCAACGGACGUCAUAUCUCUGGACAGUACUGCCAAUCAGUAUACUGUCCAGGAUCUUUCUUCACUGACCUUGUACAACUUUCGAGUACGUGCACAAAAUACUCUUGGACCAGGUGAUUCCAGUAAUAUAAUUAACGUCACAACCGACAGCGAACCCCCAGAAGCGAUUCCACAAGAAGUGAACUUUACGCCCACCAGUUCUCGGUCAAUACGUGUUGAAUGGAAGGCACCCGUCUCGAAAGAUAGCCAUCGUAUAAUGGGCUACUACGUGGGAUACCGUCGAAGAGAUCAUGAGAAAACGUUCUCUUACAAAACAGUUGCUGCUACCAUGGAAACAGAUUAUCACUGCGACAUCACCCAGCUUGAUAGGUCCACUGUAUAUGACGUCAUUGUUCAAGCUUUUAACGACAAAGGUUCAGGUCCUGCGACAGAUGUCAAGUCAGUGGAAACUUUGAAGCACGAUCCACCUGACCCUCCGAUUCUCCGAGUUGUCACAUCAACCACCACAUCUGUAUAUCUCAAUUGGGAACAAAAAGAAACAGAUACUUCAAUUCAGUUGUACAUCCUAUACAGAAGCACGGAACACGACUGGGAAGAGAUUCGGUUGCCUGGCAACAAGAAAAGUUAUACCUUUCAUGAUCUACAUUGUGGAACAAGAUAUCAGUUUUAUAUUGUAGCUCACAACAGCGCCGGAAAGGGCACACCGAGUGACGUCAUAUCCGCUAAAACUUAUGGCACAGCACCACAAGCACCGGAAAAACAUUCCCUUCUCUCAGUCAACGCUACUUAUAUAGUUAUUCACUUGACCGCUUGGUGGAGCGGUGGAUGCCCAAUUCUUCACUUUAUCAUUCAAUAUAAGCAGAGGGAGAGCCAGGAAUGGGUUUUGUUGUCCAACAGCAUCCUACUGAACCAAAAGUCUAUCUCCAUCACAGACCUUCUACCAGCCACCUGGUACACCCUUCUGAUGACAGCAACCAACGAGGCAGGAAGCACAGAAGCCGAAUACGUUUUGGCUACUUUAACCAGUACCGGAGGUAAUGGAUUAACCAAUAGUUCUUUUUUUUCUUGGUCGUUGUCACUUAGACCUUAA